UACUUUUAAUCUUUUACAGGUGAUUGUGCAAAACAGAAUCUAAGUCCCAACAUUGCAGCCAGGAUCUCUGAAAAUGGUAGUGAUAUCAACUGUGGAGACAAGCAUGUGAUUUUCAUUUCAGAUGUUCAAGCUGAUGGCGUUUUGCUGGAACCUGUUCAAGAACACUGUGGCACCAAUCAUACAUGUGACAUAACACAAGUGUUUGGUGAAUCAUAUAUUGAGUACUAUUGUGUUAACGAAUCUUUAAUCCUGGGUUGUGAAGAAAUUAAAUCAAAGCACCAAAUAAUGAAAGAGGAUCUUCAUGUGCAAUGCUACAAGAAUACACAACACAAGUUCAAAGAUUCAAUAUAUCAGUGUGGCAUAAUUCCUAACAGUUUUGCUAAUAACAUUUGGCUAAUACUUCAAAACCAAAGGAUUCAUGUAAAAACAUGCAAGGACUGUCAUACAGACAUGCAUCCUUACUAUCAGUAUAACAUUCCUAAUAAAAAUAUUGCAGAUGGUUAUUUACAAUCAAUUUUCUAUGAUUGUGACAAAGUAUUUUGGUUCUUACAUGUUAAUACUGAUGAGUGUGAAGGAAUUUUCGAAGAAUUCUUUUUGAAGACAAAUUCUGGUAAUCCAAAGUUUAAUGGAAAUGAAACAGUUGAAGAGAACAUUACAGGUAGCUACCCAACAGAAAUUGAAACCAUUUCUCAUUAUGUUGACACCACUUCCUUCUUGCCUUCCCAAGAAGUAUCUUCUCUUCCCGGUUUCCACAAUGUUGAUAAAAGGAUGUUUCCACGAGAAAUUGUCAAUUACUUAACAAUUGGAAUUGCUGGUGGACUAACACUUAUCACUUUAACUGUGUGUUUUAUUGUCAUUUUGAGAAGACCAAAGCAAAAAUCUGUGGCAGCUCCACCAUCUUCAGCAACUGGUUUAUAUGGUUGUACUCACCUUCCUGAGAAUUUUGAUGCUGCUUCACCAGAGGAAGAGAAUACUUAUUUUACUGUUGAAGCUGAUGAUGAUGAAAUUAUUCAGAAAAAAGUUGAGGAAAACACUUACAAUUGUAUUGAUGAAGUUAAAGGGUCAAACCAGGAUCCUGUUGUUGAGCGCUAUAGUAAAUUAAGGAGUCCAAGGACAGUGUUAGAGAAGAUACCCUCUUCGACUAUCAAAGACAACUAUGAUCAAAUUGUUGAAGAAAUGGUUCAGGGUAGAAUGAAUUCCACCUGUCCCAGAACAAAGAAAGCAAAGCAGAAUGGAUCUCUGAGAAAAACAGGUAGCCUUCAUCGGCAGGCAUCAAAAGAUUCAACAGCAAAGCCAGGUUCUCCAGAGGUUAAUGAGGCUAUAGUAUAUAAAGAAGUUCCAUGUUAUCAAUGUUCUUCUCUGUCUCCAGAAUAUUUUGACCGUGCCCUUCCAUCAGCUCCUCUGAUGGAAAGUGACAGUGCAUCAGAGCCUGAUGCGAUUUAUGAGAGAGUUGAUGAUUUACUCACUUCUGAUCAGGACAGGAACAACAGUCAGGUUAAUGACAUUUAUGAAACUGUUACAGAGCCAAAUGAAUUAAAAAGUCAGUAUUCCACAUUCCAAAGGCAAACAGAUGGUAAAGUUGGUGAAAAUAACUCACUAAACAACUCUUUAAGAGAUAAAAAACCUGCAAUUGCCAAUGGUAAUCUUCAGCCACCAAGAAUUUAUGACCAUAUCUCUGACAAAUGGAACGACACAGAUAAGCCACUUCAUCUCAUUCCAUCUGAUGAAUAUGUAUAUACACAGUUACAAGAUGACACUACACUAGGGUCAUAAAUUGAUUAAGUGACAAAGUAAUUUCAUAACUUAAAGCAGUUCUGUUUUGAAAAAUGGGUAUUGUUCACUUCUCUCAAAACAAAGAAGCAUCAACACAAACAAUGACAACCAUUUACAUUUGCUGAGUUAUGAAGGAAUUUUUAAAUAUGGAAUCAAAAGUUGAUUUCUUUUUCUCAUAUUUUGGGUUGGGAAAGAU